CUGGCUUGAAGCUCGCAGUUGAAGGAAGGGCGCGAAUCGCCUUCUAGGAGCUGAGGCACCGCUUAUGUGGCCUUUGCGACGUCGAAGGUGCGAAAACACUGAAAUGCAGCGACUGUGAUGAUUCAUCUUGCCAGUCAUCAUCUGAUCUGCGCUGUGGUGUAUGUGGCAGAUCUCACCAAUGCAGCAUUGCGAUGCCAUCGACACACACGGAGUGAAGACGGUCAGACACCGAUGGCGCACUUACAGAGAAGGAGAGGCCUGAGGGAUGAUUUCACCUCCUCUGUUCGUGUGUGUCUGCAGAAUUGGUCUGCAGCUCCCACGGUUGACGUGUGCGGCGCUGAUAGAUUGGCUCAUUCUCCCAUCGGUUGAUUAAUUUGCUUGUCGGGCAGUCGCCGCCCUCUCACCGGUAAGCACAUGCGCGCGCGAGAUCACAGGCGAGAUCACAGACGGGCGAACUACACUCAUUGCCAUGGUGUGUGUGGUGGUCUUCAGGCGUCGUGUGGGCUGCCUUGAGGCCAGCGGGCGGCAGUAUGAGCAGCACAUCGGCAUCAGCUGCUGCAGGUGGGCUGACUCACUGAGAGAGGGAGGGGAGGGCUCACGUGUGUAUGGUGUGGUUUGUGUUGGCCAGGUGGUGGUGGAGGUACCGGUGUGUCAAUAUUCAUCAAUCAUAGCGUGAUGCAAAGUAAUACGCACUCGGUAAGCCAUGAUGCAGACUCACAACAGGCGAUGACCGUGAUUGUCAUCUGUCUCUCAUUACGAUGUGUGUAUGUGUGCCUUUGCAGAGGUUCCGUGCGGUGGUGAAGCAGCUGAAGCACGCGCGCGAUCAGGUAGGUGGCUCGAGUGGCUGCACUGGCAGAUGAGAGCACCUGUGUGGCAGGGAGGGAGGUGGUGGGCUGUCGUGUGACAUGUGUGUCGUGUGUAUCCUGUAUGGUGUGUGCGGUGUGCGCAGGCGACUGGCACGAUCGACUACAUCGCUGCGAAGGUCAGUGAGUCAACACGUCCGUUGCACAAUGAAUGAGUGAAUGAGUGAUUCUUUUGGUUGAUCUGGUCUGUGGUCUGUGUGCAGGGUUCUGUUGCUGAGAGUCGUCUGGCGAUGCUCGAGAGCGCCACUUCAGACCUCUGCAGAGCCCUUGGCCGACUGAAUGCAGUAGCACUGGUGCGUUUUACACAGAUACGUCCACGCAGCCAUCGUCUGUCGACUGAUGAAUGGUGUGUUAUAGCUGGAGGGCCAUUCCAAGACCUUCAAGCUCAUCCGUCGCGCCGCCAACGAGAAGACCACCAAAACCACCAACACCACCAGCUGGGGGGCAUGGGGGGGAUGGGGGGGAUGGGGGGAGGGGUGGGUCGACACGUCAUGCAUGUUCCUGCUCACUUUCCCCUCCCUCAAGAAGAAGGUACGGCAGCGGCACCUCGGUCGCCAUGACGGCCAAUGUGUGUGGUGUGUGAUGUGUGUGUGCAGGUUGAGGUGAAUUCGAAGCGCCGCCGUGUUGACGCGCCGCCCGCAGAGCCGUCUGGUGCUGUCGACCCGCCCGAGCUGCCCGACCUGCCCACCGAUGUCAUGGGCGGCACCCUGCUGCCCUUCAUCAACGGCCACCAUGACGACGCCGCCACCCUCACCCCACAGCACACGAUCGCCCUCUGCCGCACAUCCGAGGCGGUCAGCGGCGCCGUCGAGGCCGACCUGGUCGCCAACAUCGACAGCAUCAUCCGCCGCAACGGCCUCACUGGCGUCAUCGGCUACACCCAACUGCGCCAGUCGACCGGCGUCCGUCGGCCAUUCCGGCUGAUCCGGCUGCACUACCUGAUGGUGACGGGGGGCGACUGGCGGGGCAACGUGCCGGUGCUGCGGCUGGCCAAUAGCUGCAGGAAGAUCCAGCACCUGCCCAUCGAGCUGACCAAUGACGACCUGCAGCAGGUGGGCAGCAAUGCCGUCAUCGACAGCCGCCCGCCCAGCAUCCGCCAGUACGCCCUCUUCAGCCACCGACUGGGCGAGAGGAUGCACCUGACGCGCGAUGCCUUCGGGCGGGACAGGCUGGGCGGGGGUGUGGUGGUGGUGUACACCGAACAGACGGUGCCGGACAGGUAUCGAGAUCAAUCCGAUGCGGCCGAUCACCCGUGCCGACGUGAGAGAGGGAGGGCCAAGCACAAUGAAGUGGGGCAACUUGACAUGGAUGGUGUCUGCCGCUGUGUUUGCUUGUGUCUGCAGGCUAUGGUUUCGACUACGGCAGCUUCAGAGGACUGAUCAUCAAGGAGUAUACAGCGUCAAAUUUGAGAAGAAAGAACACCAAUGUGUCGUGUGCGCUGCGUUUCCCCUCCUUGCUCUUUCAGGUUGGCAGAGUGGUCGUCGCGUUUGGUGUCGCAUCGGGCCUGAAGUCCGUCCUCUGCCGAGUAUCGUCGCAUCUGUGCCCUGGUCGACCAGGAGCCGCCCCUGGGGGACGGCUGCCGCACCAUCGGCUACCACGACCUCAGCUCCUCACGCCGACUCGUCAUACUCUGUGGCGAGGAGGAUGGCGACGACUUCGCGGCAUACAUCGGAAUGAGAAAGUGGCCUGAUGAGUCGGCAUACAUCGCCCUCCGCACCACUGGGGCGCCCCAGCAGAUCGGCGAUGGUCCUGCUGUCUUCCCCCAGAAGGUGGCCAUGGCCCGCAACACCAUGGACCGCCCCUCCCUGGAGCUGCUGCCAAACAUCUGACAGUACGCGUCAGGUGCGCACACGACACAUGAAGGAAGAGGGUAUCGGUGAAAUCUGUCCACGUCUGCAGCUGUCGGGGUGGCGUCGACGUGACUGAGGUGGACUUGGACGGCGGCACACACGAAGACAUCGGAAGUAGCUGACGUGCAGUGGGGCGGCAAGAGGGGUGUCUGCUAAAUACCUGCCUUCUUUCUUGCUCAUGUGUCCAUGUGGUGCGUUUACUUCUGUGUUUGCAUGGGACAUGCGCGCAUGCACUAGUGGGUGAGCUGCCGGAUUGCCCCUGUGCAUGAGCAUGCUCUGAAUCGAUG